UUCCUUUCCUUUCUUUUCAGGCGUCUUGCAGUUCACUUCCCAGCCCUGCAGCAUUAGGGCAUUCUAAGGGGGCUGAGCCUCCUGCCUCCCCGCCCACCUGAGGGUCCUUUUUGCCACCUGAAGGAAGGAGGAUCCCCCGGAAGUUCCUUGCUCAAGGUCAAAACAUUCACUAGAUUGUAUUCGCUAGAAUACCCUAGCUUCCAGGACAUCCCGGCUCCUGCUUCUCCUAAGACCUGGGGCAAGCUUCUUUUUCAUCCGGGAUACUUUUUAAAUUGUCAUUUUUCACUUCUGAAAAUUAAUGUUUUUCCUUUAAGUGUUUUGGCAAUGACUUUAUGAGUUAAAGCCACUGCUUACAUCCCCCGCCCCCUAAAUUUUUAAGAGCUGUGGACUGCAGGAAGAUGGAGCACUUCUCUUCCAGGGUGAUUUUCAUCAUGGCCAUUUCCAACAUGUUUGAACUGGGAUUAGUUGCUGGGUUGGGCCACCAUGAAUUUGCACAUGCAUCUCUGGGAGACCCAGGCUUUAGAGAUGGAAGCAUUCAGUCCCAGGAGAAACCUGCAGUUCGUUCCCGGUCUUUCCAGUUUGUGCCAUCCAUAGGAAUACAGGACAGUAAGGAGCUAAACAAAACUUGCUGUCUGAAUGGGGGCACCUGCAUCCUGGGGUCCUUUUGUGCCUGCCCCGCUUCCUUCUAUGGACGGAAUUGUGAGCAUGAUGUGCAAAAAGAGAACUGCGGAUCGGUGUCUCAUGGCGCUUGGCUGCCCAAGAAGUGUUCCCUGUGCAAAUGCUGGCACGGCCAGUUCCGCUGCUUUCCUCAGGCCUUUAUCUCUGGUUGUGAGAGCCGCGUGAUGGAAGAGCACCUUGCAGUUUCCAGGACUCCAGAAUUAGCCCCAUCUGCAUGGACCACUCUCAUGCUAGCUGGCCUCUGUCUUUCUAUACAAAGUUACUGCUAAUUGACAUUUGCCUUUUUCUGGAAAUAUAAGUUUAGUUACAUGUGAAUUUCAUGAUUAGUAAAAACUAUAAUGCUCCGAUGUCCUAACUAAAUGUCUAAUCAUUUAUUAUUUGCCUUAAAAUAAUGCACAUGUUUCUGUUCGGAUUCCUAAUACAUCCUUAAAGCACCAAGUACUUUUUACCUUUGCUCUGCUGUCUCUGUAAAAGCUACUUUAAAAAAUAGUAAUUGUUAUCCCUAUUGACCUUGUACCCAAGUCUUGUGUUUCUUAAUUUGUAAAGUUAUUCUAUAAAGUCUUAUUAAAACAUACUUGAUUUUAAA